AUGAAUACCAAACGUCUGAACCAAGCCGUUAAAACUGAUGACACUGCUCAAAUCGAGUUUGGGUCUACAAAAGAUACCCCAAGGUCAAUCUUUAAGGUGGUCCCGGCACGUGAACAAUCAGAAGGUGUCGGUGCUCGGGUCCGCAGAUCCAUUGGAGGUUCAUCCACCAUUUCAAACUUUACACCCUUUCUCAUGCUUGAUCAUUUUAAGGUCUCUCCAGAUGCUGGGUUCCCAGACCAUCCUCACCGAGGCCAGGAAACUAUCACCUACAUGAUCAAGGGCCACGUGGACCAUGAAGAUUUCACUGGUUCUUCUGGAACCCUUGGUCCAGGAGACCUUCAGUUUAUGACAGCUGGAAAAGGUAUUGUGCAUGCAGAAAUGCCGCGAAUAGACAAGGCGGUAGACGGGAACAUUAAGCAUGUGGAAGGCCUCCAGUUAUGGGUUGACUUACCACAAAAGCUCAAAAUGUGCAAGCCGCGGUACCGCGAUCUACGAGCUGUUGAAAUCCCUAUUGUCAAGCCUGACGAUAAAGUUACAAUUAAAGUGAUUUCCGGUGAGUCUUAUGGUGUUGAUUCAAUUAAAAAUUUGGCAUACACUCCUGUCUGGUUUCUGGAUUGUACAAUAGCUCCUGGUGGUAUGGUAGACCAAACUCUUCCGGAAAAGUUUAAUGCAUUUGUAUACGUGCUGGAAGGUGAAGUGACAGUGCUUAACAGAAAAGUCAAAGCACACCAUACCGUUUUCUUAAACACAGACGGUGACCGGGUUAAUGUGUGCGUAAAAGAUAAUGCGGGUACUCAAGCACGGGUGGCCAUAAUUGCAGGCGAACCUCUUACACAGCCCAUUGUUCAGCGGGGCCCGUUUGUAGAGACAUCUGCAAAACGUGUCACCAAGGCUUUUGAUGAUUAUGUCUCUGGAACAAAUGGGUUUGAGCGAGCCGUAGGAUGGGAGAGCAGAAUUGGGAAACGAAUCAAGUCGAGGUAG